AUGCAUGGUCUCAGUGUUGUCUCUUGUGUACUAUACAAAGCUGUCCUUAAAUUGUUGGAGGGGGCCAAUUUAAUGUACUUGAAUACCUCUCGACCUUGGGGGCUGAGCUACCUCAGGAGAGUCCGCUUCCCACAUUUCCGCCAACAGAAACUUGUCAUUAGUCAGAUAUCAGAAGGGAACAUGCUGUUCCUUGAACAAUUCCUUCGUCUUAUACGGACCACUCAUCCCCUUAUUGUUACACAAAGCCCGACGCUUGGGCCAUUUCAUGGGGCAAACCUUUGGAGUCGAACUAUCGCCACUUUCCUCUCUAGACGCCUCACAAAGCCUUCCACUAGUUUUGUGCCCCGCCUUAUUCUGUGUGACUUCCUAACAGCCCGCCUACCACCCACACCGCACAAUUUCUCAAUGUCUGGAUCAGCCCGAUUCAUAGGUCAGUUCAGCCCACGCCCAUUAAUCAUGAUUCCUAAAUCCGGGCGCCUGAAGUAUGCUCUGAGGAAUGUUCGGAAGGUUGACGUGCCGCGCUUCCGAGAUAUUUUCGAUGCUCCCUGUGUGCAAGUGCUGAACGACGCCAUUACUGAACACUCCGUGUUUGCACACAAGUAUUUGAAGGACCGCCUCCUGUACUUUACUCUAAUACAGGAUAUCGUUCAUAGCGGUACCAAAGCAGAUAACACCUUAAUUGAGCGGGAAGAGAAUGGCCGCGUGAUUUCCCUUUCCUUUGCACAAGUGGCUAACCUAGAAGAUGCCGCUUAUGUAGCAGAUAAUUACGCCACCAUGAGAAGACAAGUCGGAAACCCCAAUAAUCUGUCAGAUAUAUUCGCUUUCAGUGUUAUCUUAAGUGCCCUGGCUUCUUCUGUGUCUAUCUCGCUCUUUGAUUUUCUGUCUUUUAGUACAUCUACGCCGUCACAAAACGAGUUACCUUCGCAGACACUCGCUAUCGUCCUUGAACGCCAACUGCUCCAUUUCUCUGAUCUAAUUGUAGAUCUGAAGGGAAGACUGACGGCUAACGAUGCACUAAUAACUCGACAGAGCUGUGGUGAUAAUGAAGAUGACAGGCUUAAGACGGAGCCUUUUCAACCGGUCAUCUCCAUUCCCGGCACAUUAGUUGCCGAAACUAGAGGUCCCCAGAGAAUCAGGCUCUUCCCUCCUGAUUGA